GUCCGCUGACCUGUCAAUCAUCGCUGUUUACAUCAAACGUUGUGAGCUGGAAUUUCCCAGGUUACAGCACAGAGCAGUAGACCACUUCCGCAAUAGAUGUCUGGGCAGAGAGACGAGAGGCCACUGCGAGCUGAAAGUUCAGAGGACCAUGUCUAGGAAGUGAACCACGGCGAUGGAAGGGAAAGGCCCAUACCGCAUCUAUGAUCCAGGUGGGGGAGAGGUCAAGACCAGGGAGGAGGCUGGAGGUGGAAGCAGUUAUCGGCAGCUCCUGGAGGAGAACAGCAUACUGAGGGAGCGGAUGAAAGGACUUAAGAGCUUAGGCGAUUUGCUGGAAGAGUCACAGUCGGAGGCAUCGAGGCUUCGGCAGCGAGUGGAAGAGCUUGUGAGAGACAACGAGGCACUAAAGUCCUCCAGCUUUGCUGCCAGUCUGUGUACAGGAGGGCCCAUUCAAACAGAGACACAAAGUAAACCGUGUUUACACCCCACUUUAGAGCAGAAGGAGGAGCAAUCAAGCUGUUUGGGGAAGACCCUUCAGCCUGAGAAGCCCAAUGAGGCCUUAACAGAGUUCGAGGUCAUAAAUAUGGAGGGGAAGACUACUGAUGCCUUGAAUGCUGGGUCAGUGGCAGGAGUGAUCCCCCUCCUGCCUCAGGAGAACAACGAGCUGGCGAGCCAGCUGAAGAGACUGGAGAGCUCCUUCAGUAUAUUCGCAGAAGAGUCCAACCCCAACCAGCUGCUGGCUCAUCUUGGCCGCAUGGCUGUGGAGUUUCACCACCUCUCCUCUAAAGUCCAAAAGAAUGAACAGAGGACCUCCCUCCUACAGACUCUCUGUGAGCAGCUCAGACAGGAGAACAAUGAGCUUCGAAAGAAAAUGGAAGAGGAUCAUGAUAUCAGGAAUCGGGACUUGGAACAGCUGAGACAGGAGAAUCAGAAGCUUAAGGAGCUAGUCACAGGAGGAGCAGCAGCACCAUCAGCUGCAGCGCCAUCAGACUCUGAAGCUCCAGAGGCCAAAGAGGAGCCUGUGAAAGAGGAAUCUGCUGCUGUUCGACCGAAGAUGGAGGCCAGCACACCACAGAAGAGUGGAAAAUCAGCAGAGAAAACCCCAACCAAACCUUGUGAUGUAGAGGUGUAUGAGAAGAAGAUCAAACUUUUGGAGAAGCAAAGAAAGGAUGUGCUGGAAGUGAACAAGCAGUGGGACAUUCAGUGGAACUCCAUGAAGUCACAGUUUGAACAGAAGAUCACGGACCUCAGACAACGGCUGGCUGAGUCGCAGAAAACGGUGCUCGAGCUGGAAGCAGAGCGCGAGCAAAGGCAGCGCGACUACGACAAAAAGCUGCUGCUGGCAAAGUCGAAGAUUGAAAAUGUACAGGGGGAGAAAGAGUGUCUGAACUCUGAGACCACUGAGCUGAAGCAGAAGAUUCGCUACUUGCAGGACCAGCUGCUGCCACUCAGCAAACAGAGGGAGUACCAGGAGAAGGAGAUCCAACGCCUCAACAGGGCUUUAGAGGAAGCCUUAAACCUACACACCCCAUCAUCCUCCCAACAACCACCUGGCCAGGCCAACUUUGCUGAUGCAGCAAAUAACCUGAAGAAGCAGGAGCUGCUCACUCAAAUCGCUGUUCUAAAAGAACAGGUGAAGAUCUUUGAAGAGGACUUCAGAAAAGAAAGGAGUGACAGAGAGCGAAUGAAUGAGGAAAAAGAGGACUUGAGGCGGCAAGUUGAGAGACUUCAGGGUCAGAUUACUAACUUGACAAAUCAGCUUCAUCAGGCACAGAACGAGUGUCAGAGAGAACGAACAGAGAGGUGUAAGCUGGAGAGACUGCAGAUGCAGCAUCAUAAACAGGGGCAGCAGCAGGAAAGACGUACCUCAGACCCCACGUCAGGCUCAGUGAACGGCCCGCUGAGCCCUCCCUACUGUGGUCCCUUUGUGCAGGUGGGACCGCAGGGCCUUGAGGGCUGGCCCAUACACUUCCCUCCCAGGAUGCCCAAUGCAGCAGGCGCCACAGCCGCAGCCGCCGCAGCACCACCCCCUGUACGAGACUUCCAGCCUGUUAACCCGGGUUUUCCUUGGCAGUCAUCAUUCCCGCAACCUAGAGGGGCCAGAGCAGUAGGAGAGAGUUCAAGACCUCCACCAGAAAACGCAGAUCAGUCUGCAGCAGCAGCAGCUGCAGCAGCAGCAGCAGCAGCCGGGUUUGGAAAAAGGGAGCGACAGAACAUUGAUCCUGGAAAGCACUAAAGCAUCACUGUACCCACCUAAAGAAGUCUGGGUAGUAGCAUGAAAAUCAGUUUGUUUUUGAGUUGACAAGGUGUGAUUUGAUCUAUAAUUUUCCUACUGAACUGUAGAUAUCCUAUUGUAAUGGUUGUUUAUACUUGCGUUUUAUAAGGCUAUUUGUGAAACACUUCGCUAUUCUGAAUAUAUAUACAUGAACUAUUUUGUUUUUUGAUUUUUUUUUUUAUUAUCAGGAACUGAAGUCAUUUAUUAAAUAGGUUGAAAUAAUUAACUUUUUUUUUUGUUUUUUUUUUUUUCAGAAAAAUUAACCUUUGUGAUUGUCUCUCUGCAAAUAUGUAACAACUUGACACUUAGUUUGUUACUUGUAGGGUUACAGGAAGCCAUUCCCCAAUAAGACUAAGACUACAUAUACUCAUUCCAACAAAGAAUGAUUAUAUUGGUACAUUGAAUCAUAGGAUUUCCAAUGUGAAUGUUAACUGAUUUAUGAAGAUUUCUUCAGUACCAUCAAUGUUAUAGGACUGUCCCAUUACGUGUAACUGUUCAAAAGUGGUUGUUGAAAUACAAAAAUUUUGGGAAAUGAAUUUUGAUGGUAUCAUACCAAAAACAUGAUUGUGAUUAUUGAUAAUUUAUUUAUAACUAUUGACUAUGUGUAAAUCAUUGUCUUUAGUAUUGCUGUUCUUUCUAUGUUGUUAGUGUUAUCCCAAUAUAUUGUAGCUAUUGACAUUGUAUGUUUGUAUCAGACACAAUACACAAUGCACACAACAUACACAUCUUUCUUGCCCAUGAUGAUGGACCUAAUCUCAUUAAACACAACACUUCUUCUUGACCAUAAUUGAUUUGAUGAUUUGACCACUCUUUCUGAUUUUCAUACUCAUCUUACUGCAUCCUGUGCUGUCGCUCACAGUUCAGCCCCAACACAUGGUAUCAGAAGUAACAGCAGUAGCGAUGAAGGUCUUCCUCUUCGUGCUGUUCAAAUAUGACCUAAGGAGCUGUAAUUACGCUCAACAAAAGCAGCAGAAAAAGGAAGAUUUUCAUCAUAAUUCAGAGGCUUGAGAUUUAGUGUUAACAGCAGUACAGAUGCUCUUCUGCCAGGUUGCCUGGCUUUGCUCUCUGUUCACUUCAACAACCAGCAAUCCUCGCCAUGUCGACCGACCUGUGACCUGCUGUAUCACUUAGUCAAGAGCCCUAAAAGCAAUCACAUCAUUCACACCUCCAGAUAAUCUGUAACCAUUCUAAAAAGGCAGAUCCAAUCUUAAAUUAAGACGUUUUAAAUCAGCACUCAAUAACGUAGUAUUUUUCAGGUAGUCUGAUGAAGGGCUCCAAAAUAUAAAAAGGCUCCAUUUUUAUCAAAACAAGAUUUUAAGUUACAGGGAGCAAAAAUUCUGAUAGGUGAAAGCAGAAAUGAGAAAUUAGCAGAAUUGCACUUUGAAAGGUACGCUGUAAUUACUGGCAGUUGUUUUUCUUGGUUUGUGGCCCUUUCUCUCUUCUUUUCCUUUUUCCUUUUUUUGCUGUAGGCAAAAGCACAUGUGAGACUUUUUGUAUUUGACUGGCUUAAUAAAUCUAUUCUAAAUGUC